CUCUCUCUCUCUCUCUCUCUCUCGCUUUCUCUCUCUCCUCUUCAUUCUCUCGCACCCCGUAGUCGCACAACUUGGUGCGCGCGAUCGUUACUCCGAGAGAGCGCGAGCGAGCGAGCGAGCGAGCGAGUAGCCGCGCGCGGCAGGUGGAAGCGACGACGACGACGACGACGACGACGACGACGACGCUGUUUCAUCGCGACGACAACACUCCGUCGUAAUCAUUGGCAGAUGUGGAGUAGUGGCGCGCGCGCGAGAGUACCCUGUGAGCUCUCGCUGGGCGAGAAGGGCGAUCGCGAGCGUGAGAUUCGCGAUAACUCGCACGAGAUAACUCGCGCCGAGAUCUUGCGCGGUGCACGAGCAGUGACCGAGGAAAAUAGCCGGUGCUCUACACUAGGUGUCCUUAUUAUAUUAUAAUCAAGCGGGGAUCCUGGUCGAGGGAGAAUCCGAUCGUGGAGCGGAAGCUGCGAGGCGAGCGGCCGGGGAGAUUGCGCCGAGACCGAAGAGACGAGAGAGCCUGCAGUUCGAAGGGAAAUACGAGCGCGCAUAUCGCGGCGAGACUCGGGAUCAAUUGAGAAAGAGUUCUAUUGUAUUCCAACGACGAAAUCCGAGAAACGCGAAACGAGUGGGCGGUCGCGGUGCAGAUGCGAUGCGGACGAGAAGUCUGAAUAACAGUCGCAACGAAACGAGACGAGACGAGACGAGAGACGUUUCCCGAUUUCCGCGUCGACAUCGAAUCAAGAACGGCACCAGCCAGCAGAGCUGAAGAACCUGAAUAAAGGAUUACGCGCCUCUGUUGCCCGACAGCUCGACGGAAAUCCAGUAGCGAGAUAAAAUAGGUCAGCGAUACAGAGAGAAAGACAGACAGAGAGAGAGAGAGAGAGAGAGAGAGAGAGAGAGAGAGAGAGAGAGAGAGAGAGAGAGAAAGAGAGAGAGGCCGUGAUACCGCAGACUCCCCGAGCACAUUGCGACAACCUAAUCGAAGCGUCAUCACGAUAAGCGACUCUGCGAUGAAGUAAACUCCUCAACUCGAAACAAAGACGGACAUCCGUCAAUCUGUGAUACCGAGACGAGUCAGUCGCGACAGGACAGGCAGAGUCGGUCGCGCGGUGCGGCAGAGUUGUUGCGCAGGUAGUGAAUCUCUAAUCAACGGUAGCCUCGAGCUCCCCGUGGAAUGAACGGGCUCUCAAGCGGAUCAGGAUUACCGCCGGCGAAUUAAACCGCUUCAUUUCUGGAGGAAUCGGGAUCACGAUCGCGAUCGCGAGAGCACGGCUCGUGCGCGCGUAUCCGGUAACGAAAGCCGACGUGAACGUCAAUUGACACGAGCGCGGCUUGUAUCGGAGCCGGAUAAUCGGAGGGGGCAAGCAGGUCACUACGGAUCGCGCAGAGCUCGAGUCGGAUAGCCAUAAAUUCGAUAUCCAGCUCGGAACAGCCAAGACGACGACACGCCGUCUAGGUUGCGCGAGGCGUCCGCUCCAAGCUGCGAAGCCGCUCGUGCUCGACAACGCGAGUCGCGACAAGUCGCGACGGCGAACGCGAUCAGCCGGUCGUUGCACCUCGCCCGCUCGCUCCGGUAAAUCUCCGAACGUCUCUUCGCGAUAUACCGUUAGCACACUCACACACACACAUACACGCACGACGCACCGAGAGAUCGGAGCGGCCUCCGCGGCGCACCAAGAGGAAGGCGAGACUCGGUUCCGAGCGGACUCUCCGGUCUCGCUCUUCGAGUCGAAUCGGGGACGCUCGCUCGCGUCUAUUUUUCCCGCGAGAGGAUUCCGGAACAAGUCCGUGGCAGCUGCGUGUUGUUUCUCGCGUAGAGUUGGAAUCCAAGCUUGCUUCCCGUUGGACGUUGGGAAUAAGCGAAGAGAGGAGCGGGUGAGCUCUCGUCCCCUUGAUUAACUCGAGGACACACAUACGCCAUCCAAGCAGACACAGACACAUACACAUAACCGGAGAUAGGCUCGAGAGACAAGUGAGAAAAGUGCCGAUUGUGGUCGCGUGGGAGGAGAAGGGAAGGAAGAAGGAGAAGGAGAGGACAGUAGUCGGCCGACAAGAUCCGCGCCGUUAUGCGCACAUUGGCCGAAGCGAUGAAGCAUCGCGCGAUCAGCUGACUAGCCGGGCUCUUCGGCGGUCGCACCGCUGAUAAGAACACCACCGUGGACUCUGGGACCCCGCAGCGACGUCCGCCUGUCUGCUCUGUCAUGACGUUCGGCACUCCAUUCAACAGCGAAAAAUCGCAGUUCGCCGGCGAGAAUACCACUCGGACUGGCAGCAUGGCGGCCGAGGAAGGAAUGUUGGGCGGCGGCCUGGGCUCGAAACUGAAAUGUCCGACCCCUAUAUCGCGGUUAAGAGUAGAGAAGAUCGAGGGUGGCCUGAUGGUGGCUGGCGUAGUGAUAGCCGCAAACUGUCAGAUCGCUCUACCGGCGUUCGGAUUUCUCUUUAUGCUCGUCGGCGCCGUACUCACUGCUGCUUCGUACCGAGGCCCGGGCGAGGACGAGGACAAGAACUCGUACGCCGCACGAAUCGCCUUUACCGGCAAUUCCCGCAUUCUAGGGCCGAUCUGCAUAGUCGUGGGUGCCCUUAUGCUAGCGCUCGGAGUGUUGCUCUGCAUGUUAACGAGAAGGGCCAGGCGGAGGGAGCGCAGGGUGGGCUUUCACUGUCCGCUCCACGGGGACUUUUAUCCUCUAAGUCCGGUCCAAGGUAUCAAAAUGCUCGGGGUAUCCGGCAAGGACGUGAGCGGGUGGCCGAAGAUUCCGUGUCUGAAGGGCCGCGCGUCCAACAAGGGCGGAAGUGGCGCCGGAGGAGCGCACGCAGGCCCGCCGCAGUGUCCGCACUCCGUUCUAAGCAGCACUCGCAGCUCCGUCAGCAGCUCGCCUUUGAGCCCGUGUCCGACGCCCAUGCCCUUCCUGGUGACUUCGGGCUCUGUCAGUAGCGGCAUGGUGCAGAGCGUCGGCGCUAAUUUAUCGCCGGACCAAACAUUCGGAUCGAUCCGGUCGCUCUCGGUGACGAGAGAAGUCGCCAGCUUCCCCCUAUCGCGGACACCCACACCGCCUCCGCAGCACAGACCGUCGGCGCUGGCGAACCCCGAGGAGCUGGUGGGCGCCGUCGGUAGUCCGCUGCGAGAGGCCUCGCCGAGGCCGGAGGUGCGCGUGGUCGCGCCUUCUCACCGGCCACCGCCGUCCGCACUGGCCGCGAACGGCCACGCCGUCGCGACGGCGAACCGCAAGUCCGUCAGCAUACUGUUGCCGGAGCAGAGCAGCGGAUGACCCCAGCUAUUGCAGCAGCAGCAGCAGCAGCAGCAGCAGCAACAACAGCUGCAGCAACAGCAACAGCAACAGCACGGCUUCGUGCACCGUUGCGACGAGGAGCCACUCUCGAUGUAGGAUCGUCGGCUUGCAUAAUGAGGCGGUGGCGGCCACGACGACGACGACGAUGACGACGACGAAGACGACAAUGACGACGACGACGACGACGACGACGACGACGACGACGACUAGCUUCGAAAGUGACCUGUCCCGGUCGCAUGUUCUCCGACGACUCGCAAUCGUCCAGCGGCGACGAUUCGCCCGUCUCUCUCCCUCGUUGCGUCUCGUCGCCGCGACUGCACGAGCUCGCAUCGCGCCCAGAUUCCGACAUGGUCUUCGUACAGUGCAUGCGUGCGUGCGUAGGUAGAGAACGUGCGAAUGUGUCACCUGACCCGACCCGACUCGGCCCGCUUCCGACCUGGCUUGGCCUGACGCGACGCUCUCUCGGACGGGACGACGAGUGAUCGAUCGGUCGUCGACGUCGGCGCGCGGUCCGGCCGAUUUUUCCGCUCGCGCGCGCCGACAAUCGAACCGCGGUGUGAAGGUUCACGAAAAGGACGUUAGCUUCCGAUCGGCGACGCUGCACGCGAAACAACCGUUUCUCCCUCGCGAAGCGCUCAUGCACAUACGAGGACCCAAGACACGUACAUACGUACGAGGGUGCUCUCCGUUUAACGACACAAGCCGGCGCAGAUAUCCUUUUGUCUCUGAGGCAGGACUAUGCUCGUGGACGACGACUUGCGUCGCUAAACUUCGACUGGAAAGCGGAAUCUCGCGGUUGAAUCUGAUCCCGCGGUCGUCGAGACUCGCAGACUCCGAGGACGACGCGAGGAUCGGACAAGGUUGCUCAUUAUCAGCGUGCGGAGAAACUCUGGCGACCGCUGGGAGGGGGAGGGCGAGGGCGAGGGGCGAGGGGCUCGGUGGGCGCUUUUUCGUGCUGUUACGUGUGAAAAUUCGACGAGGACCGCGCGAUCGAUCGCGCCGCUCGCUUCCGCCUCUGCGUUAUACACUGGGCGUGAGUUAUCGAUAAUCUGGGGAUUAGCCAUCAACCGUCAACUUUGCAGUCACACCGGUGGGAAAUGAUUGGCGUUAGCGAGCGGCGAUUACGCGAUACAAAUACAGGGCGAGGUAAACGCAACCUCGGGGGAGGAUGACGGGACAAAUACGAGGUUGACUCAGGCAAGGCUCGUCGAGAGAGGAUACCAGCAGGUAUCCUCCGUAUAUUCGUAUCGCUGUAGUUAAUUAUCAAGCUCAUAUCGAUCUCCGUUUUAUACGUCAGCGACGAAAAUUGCGCACGUUCUGGUCCUCCUUCUUGCCGAAGACGCGCGAGUCGACGGAGGAGCGAGCUCUCGCGGCAUCUCCACCUCGACCGGUAACGCAACAGCGAGAAUUUAUCCUCCGGGAAUCACUAGAGGAUAAAUUCUUUUUAUAGCGCCGCAGGAUAAACAGAGUGUCGCGAUAUCUCUCCCGCUGGCAAUACUCACGCAAACUCGAAACUGCGACCGUACGGAAAUUCACCGCAUACGCAGGAACAGGAUUCGUCCCCUUCUCGCGCUCGGUCGAGGUGUAUUUUCAGCGAUGCCGCUCUCGCGAUCCGCGCGAACGCGUAGGAAACUACGAAAGGGUUAACAUCUGUGAGGGAGAGAGGGAGGGAGGGAGAGAGAAACGCAGACAUAUACUCGGUGCACAUGUUCUGCGCGCGUGUGUUAAUUAAGUCUCGGUUAUUCUCGGCUCGGCAUUCUCUCGUCGGAAGGGGGAGAGAGAGAGAGAGAGAGAGAGAGAGAGAGAGAGAGACAGAGAGAAGCGAGCGUCUUGAUUUGUCGGUGGCGACGAAUUUCGCGUAUCCGCCUCGCGAGACACGAGGAGAUUCGUCGGAGCUUCAUUCCAUUCCCAUCAAUUCGAGACAUUCGGCAAGUCUCCGUUUUGCGAUUGUUGCGAGUGCGAGAGUGUUAUUUUCACACGCUCAUGCGUGGAUAAGUGACACUCUCGAAUUUGCAGUGAUGUCCCGAGAGACGAUUUCUUGUCACCGCAUUUGCAAGAGAGAAAGAGAUAGGGGGAGACAGAGGGGAGAUCGAGAGAAAAUCAAUCCUCUUUGCUGUAAAUCGUUCUCCGCCUUCUUCCGCGUUCCUUGCCUUUUCUCUCUCUCUCUCUCUCUCUCUCUCUCUCUCUCUCUCUCUCUCUCUCGGAAGAAUCGAUAUCGCGAGAGCGUCGGAGAGCUCCGUUGAAUCCCAGGUAGGUGGACAACUAAGUAAGACAGACUGUGUAGAACGGAUCGUUGUGGCGACGUGUGCUGGCAGACGCUCGGUUCCGCCCGUCUAGACGGGCCGAUCGUUCAGUUUCGCGCAGGGGAUCGAGGUAGCGCUCUUAUUUUUAGUCCGGCCGGAUUAUCCCCGACCUCCGCACACAUACAGGUCGAUCCGACGGUGAGAUGACGCGAACGGCGUUUACGAUAAUGAGAUAAUUACGGGCUACGUGCUGAUGUUCCGACGCGACAGGUCCAUCUGUUUUUCGCCGUGCUGUUGUCGCUGAUUCUUGUCUCGACGACUCUUCUUUCGACUCAUUCGCGAUCUCGGGGUACAUUCUAAAGCUAUAUCGCCGUGUUUGUCGCGUUAAAUUUUUCAUAUGUUGCGAUAUCGCUGCGAUCAAGUCACGCACGAGCAGCUUAUGCGUAAUUCGCGGGAUAACCGAAAAAUGAGGAUACCAUAUUCUUUUAUCCUUCCUUUUUUUUUCUUGCGCGAAUAUAUCGCUAAUUCCGGGAACGUGGUUGCAAAGUAUCCGCUAAUAAUAAUCACUCGGAAUCGGGAGGAAGCGAGGAUCGGGCAGAACGACUGUAACGUUGACAAUCUACUUAUCAUAGGAAUAAUAUUCGUGCUGUAAGAAAAGGGAUUGAAAUUUCGAGGAGACGAGAGCCUGAACAAACGAUGAAACAAUGUAGUUGAAUUCUGCUGCGCGAAAGUUGGAUAACAUUCGACAGUCGCCGACAUAUCACGAACGAAGACGAGACGAGAGUGCAUUUGUAGACGAAAAAAAGAUGUCGCUGCGACGCCGCUGUUUUCGGCCGGUUACGAUACCAUACGCGAGGUAACAAUGUUUUCGACCGACUAAUUGAGAAAUCGUUAUCCUCGCCGGCGAAACGAAAGAAACAAAAAAGAAAAACAAACCAUUCCUAUCCCGCGUAACAAUCCAAUAUCUGCUGUCUUUUUCGAAACGAGCUUGUUAAAUCCCACCUCCACACUAGUGCGCACAAGUAUCGUCGAUCUCUUCGUUCUCGCGUGUCGGCUUCCUUCUGUUUUUCGCGCAACUCGAGCGUUUCGUGAUAAGACGGAAACGGGGUGGAUGGAGGAUGGGCCACGCGCGAAGAAACGACUUUCUCCCCGCGACGGGGAGAGGCGGGGAACAGGUUUUAUAACGAGCCACACACGGUCCUCAACACGGUAAUCGGAUUAAGUGCUUCUGAUGGAAUUGACCGAAACGAGAUACCGGCCUUUGCGACGCUAAUUAACACGUAUCACUCUCGUGACAUUCGCGGAAAAAACGGUAAACACAGACGGACGAGCGCGCGACGUGCAAGUGGACACGCGAGAGUUGAAUUACAGGAAGAAAACACCAUUUCGCGAUGGACGGAGUCGCGGCGCGCGACGAUAUACAUAUUUGUCCACCAUCGACCCUAAACUUGGCGAGAAAGGUAAAGAAGGGUCCAAAGGGGCGCUACAAGAGCGCGCAGCGUCGACUGAGAGCGGUGAAGAGGACUACGUACGCUUGAUCAUCUUCUCUUCCCUCACAUGUCGCGUCUGCGUGCGCGAAUAGACGGGGAGAAGAUGGUCCCGAAUGUCGCGACAUCGUUAAGCUUCUCGGUACGAUCGUCGAUGCAAAUCGACGGCCGCUGAAACGUCGACUGUAGUCGUUUGAUCUCGAGUUUUCACACACACGAAUGUAAUUUUUUUCUCGUGAAAUUGACGUUAUUAUCGACGAUAAAAAUGGUAAUGCAUCGAGUGCAUUUUCAAUGUCGUUUCGAGGUCGUUUUAGUCUCGGUUACAUCGAGGCGAUGUAAUUUAUUAUUACGUCGCGUUGUUUUGCGCGAAUGAUUUGUUUGCUCGUCGUCAAGUGAAGAUUCCCGCAUAAAUCGGUGAUAAUAACCUCACGCAUGCUUGUUGUGCGAAAAUGUGUGUGAACGCGCGAGACUAAGCGUUCUCGGGCCUUGUUAAUUAAGCUUCGGUCAUCGGGUGACGCUGCGCGGCUCGAGAUACACCCGUCGUACCGAGAAGAUUGGCAAACAUCGUUUAGGCGAAUUAAGAAAACGGCUGAAACGUAAUUUUAAUGGUUAGGAAAGGCAUCGAGUCCAGGCGAUACGAGAGAGAGAGAGAGAGAGAUAUAUCAAGGUGCACGCCAAGCUUAGAAUUACAAUAAGAGAAGCGCGUUAGCCGGGCGAUAUGUGUUAAGGGGUGUUCCGAUGGUGCUCCCUAGGAUAUAUAGCGUUAAUUAAAGACAUUAUAGAGAGAUUCGUCGAUAAGUAAAAGGAGAUCCUUACCGUAGGAGAGUUGGUGGGCACUAAUCGCGUAGCAUUUAAGAUUUCAAGCGUAGUUUUUAAGGCGACGCACGCGUUGAUGCUCAUAAUCCUCUGCCUGUCUCGAGAAAGAGAGAGAGAGAGAGAGAGAGAGAGAGAGAGAGAGAGAGAAAGAUUGAAAAAGGACGCGGCGACCGAUCGACCUCGGUCAACCGCAAUCAUCAUCGAGCAGGCAGCUGAGAUUUUAAGUAAGACUCUAGUCCUGUAAAUACGUAGGUAAAAACGAAGGUAUCGAUCGAAGCAGGAGAAGAGAGGAGAGGAGAGAAGAGGAGCGAGCGAGUUUAGGGGUUUUCAAAGACACAUCACACUUACGACUUUAUCGCAAGAAAUGAAGGGGUAUCGUUGACGGUCGCGAACGUACGCGUUUCGUAAGCCUGCGAUUGUAUCGCGCGAGAAGAGGAGAAAAAACAUUGUUGACUCUUGAAAAAGUGAGGAAUUUUCCAGCGCGUUUUAUUACACUGUAAUCUGUAAUAACAGACUCGCGUCUGUUUAUUACAGGUUCGAGGUAAUUAAUUUAUUGAGAACACAUUUAUUUCAGAGAACUUAUUGAUUUGUCGAGAAAACUUAUUUAUUACUGCAUUGGAAAUCAAAAUAAAAGUGCGUCUUCUCAUUAUAAUAAUUCGUCGCUACAAUCAGCCGAGUCGUCGGUGCAAAGUUGCUUUAAUAACACCAGCGUCUCGCACAAAAUCACUCUUUCAAGAGUUAACGGUCGUUGGACGUGCACUCAUCUUUCGCUCACCGAAGUCGUGAAUUCGCGAGUGGGGUUGCGCUAACGGGGCACGUCGUCGUCGUCGUCGUCGUCGUCGUCGUCGUCGUCGUCGUCGUCGUCGUCGUCGUCGAUGUUCGUUUUCCUUUUGCCAUACUCGGUCCUCAACAGCGAAACUUAAUUGCGAAGGCACUCUCAUCCCUUGCGCGUAGCAGCAAAGAUUAAUGUGGCGCAAUUAAUGGGCGAGACCGGCAUCGAUCGCGCGCGAAACACCAGCCGGAUGAACUUGCGAACUUUUGCGAAGUCACGGUUUCGAUUUCAAAGGUACACGGCGCAUAAUCCGAGGGAUUCGUCAUCGUCGUCGUCGUCGUCGCCGUCGUCGCCUACGUGCUCCGUCGUCCGUGCGCGUUAACGACGUGUUCACAAUUGCGCCGCGAGCGAAUCGAGAUAUCGAACCUAAGGGAGGAAAAAGUGCGCGAACGUCGCUCGCCCGGAGCGGCGCGUUCGCCGAGAGCUCGAAGCGAGGACACAUACUGUGAAGGACGCUUUCUGAUAUAUCCGACAAUAUAUUUACAUAUUAAUCGUAACGGUCUAGAACGCGUACUCGAUACCGUAGCUCAUUCAAUAGCAUUUGUUCGUGCUGUCGUAGAGUAUAUAACACGAUCGAGGGUGGAGGACACGCGACGAGGGGCUGCUUCCUCUCGCGUGUAGUGUGAGCGUGCGUGAGUGCGUGUGUGCGCGCAGGCGAUUCGCCGAAUCAUCUGAUCGCGAGUGAGAACGAGCAUAAAGCACUUUUGUGAUCUCGCUGUUUGACGCUUUUGGCAGCGGCGUAAGUCAUGUCUGCUUCGAGAGAGAGAGAGAGAGAGAGAGAGAAAGAGAGAGAACAGCCGGGGCGCGACGACAAAGGUAGCUGUCACAUUUUCUUUUCUUUCCUUUGUUUAUCGAUCCUUCAGUCUCUUUUUUCGAUGGAUUGUACGAUGAAACUUGCAGAGCUGAAACCCACGCAAAUUUAUCGAGAUAUUUAUUACGAGAAUAAUUAUAAUUGCUUCAUUUUUACAAUUAUAGUUACAAAUAUCAUUUUUUCGGUGCGUUCACGCAAGGAGCAGAAGGCACGAGAAUUUGACCGAAAGAAUUUCGAGAAAAGAAUUUGUCGCACGCAGCCGUUUGAAAUUGAGUUGAUUCGUCUCGGCUUGAACCGCCUCGAUUGAUCUCUCGCUUCGAAUUUUGCAGUGCAUGAUAAAAAAUCUGAUUACAUUAUGUCGUAUUCAUCAUAAUUCCGAAUGAUUAAAAAAUCAUCGCGUAGGGAGACUCGAGAAGACUCGAUUUACGCCACGAGCGAGCCAAAGCCACACAAACGACGUCUCUGCGACGCGGUGGAUCAUGAAAAGUGCGCUUUUGCGCGAAAGCGUGUGCCAAAAAGUAGGACAAGUCUCUUCUUGCGAGCACGAGGCGAGGCAAUUCGUACUUUUCCUUUUCUUUUCUUUUGCUCGCUUUAAACACCACCGACUUAUUCUGCACGGAAAAACGUGCACGUCGGUUCGGUACAACUGAUUUUCUGUUCUCCGGAGACCGCGGACGAAAACUCGGUUGCAGGAACAAAAAGAUCCCUGCUGCACGAGGUUUCUAUUCAGUCGAUUGUUCUCGGUUGUUCCAAGCGAGUUUGAAAGCAGAGGGGUCGUUUUUGAUUCAUGAGUUCCCGCCAGUUACACGAAUCGAGCCUUUUACCGGCUCCACCUUUGGCAUACUCCUCGUCAUGUCGCGAUCAUGCUCAAGGUGGAACCGCAAGGACCCAUAAGAGAAAGAGGAAGAGAAGGGAAGAAAUGACUCUCACAUGAAGAGUGUGAGUCUGAGCGAUGUCGCCUUGACAGCUCUCUCGGCCGUCAGCGCGACACAGCUCGGAUCGUGUAGUUUACUACGCUCAAGUAGAAGAAUAGAAAAGGGAGAAGGAGAAAGAGUCGAUUCCCUUCUCGCUCUGUUUCUGUCCAAUCGGUCGACCUGUUUCAUUCUCGCAAACGAGGUUAAUUUCCGAGCGAUGUUGAUUCGGACGAAUUGCUACGCGUCGGUGCGGCUCAAGGUCGGAAAUUAACGCGACUGUCGGCGCAUCCUUCCACCCGUGAUUACGAUUUGCGGAGGAGUGCACUGCGGUCGCCGACUUGCGAUCGGCGACCGCAGGAUAUUUCGGUUUAUGUUUAGGGUAUAAGACAGAGCGAGAGAGGGAGAGAGGGAGAGAGAGAGAGAGAGAGAGAGAGAGAGGGUGGCUGAGACUCAUAUUCGUUUCUUUUUCUAGGGCGAUUUGUGAUAGAACGCGUAGGCUCUCGCAAGCCAUAAGGGAUCAGGUUUAUGCAGCUGUUAUGAUAAUUACGACUUUAAUUCCCAUUCAUAGGAAGCCGACGAGCGGGCGGGCAAGCGAGCGAGCGCGCUGCUACGCGGGUUCACCGCUUUAUGUUUCCCGCAAUCGCCGAUCGUUGACGUCUGAGUCAGCAGAGUUGAGCCGAAGAAGCAGCAGCGCGAUGACACUUUUCUCUAUGAUCUAACACUCGAUCGUUUCGUGACAUUGAUUGGCCGCAAAAUUUCAAUGGGAAAUUCUCACAGGACGAUCGAGAAGUCGCCGCGAUUGGCGAUGAAGAAGAUCGGCUGUUCAGUUCUUAGCACGGACCGGAUAGAGAUUCUCCGGUCCACGUAGGACUUGAUUCAAUUUGGACCUUGUGAUUUCAUCUGUUUUUGUAAUUUUACACGCGGCCGAUUAUCGUGGCCGACGAAAAGUUAACCGUGCGUGUCCGACUUGCCUGCCUACGGGCUUCGCGUAAAUUAGAUAUAAGGGUGCAAUUUGUAGACCCGUCGUCCUGUCGUCGAGUCCUUCCCAACGAGGCUCGAGCGACACGCGUCCGUGGUGGUAUUUAUGACACACACACACACACACACGUACAUACACACAAAAGAUACACGCGUAUGAUUAAGGCGUAAUUUACAUCCGGAUGAGUUUUAUAGCUGUUGAUUAUAUAAAGAGGCUGAUUAAGUUUAGAUAUCGUUCCAAUGUACUCGAUACAUUUGAUAUAACGCAGUUAAAGACAUUCGUAUAUAGUGGACAUACGUUAAUUAUUAUUGUCAUAGACACACACAUUAUUAUUAUUAUUAUUGCUAUUAUUAUUAUAAUCUAACGUAAAAUAUCCGACGAUUUUACCUCCCCCGUUCUUUUUUAAAUCCCGUUCAACAGGAUGGAUGUGAAGGAUAACUAGAAUGUGUCACUGAUGUGUAAAACGAAGCCUCAACUGCGGUGAUUAAUUUCGGCUAAAUUCCGCCAAAUCAAAUCGUACGUAACGGCCGACGAAAUGAAAUUGGAGAAACCAAAAUGUAAUACAUUCCUCUGGCGAUUCUUAAACAUGAAAAAUGAAGCAAAAUUUGACCUAGCUCGUGUGUCAUUGCCGUGGUUGAGGGUCGACUUCCAUUUGGACAGAGAGAGAGAGAGAGAGAGAGAGAGAGAAUACAACGUACAGUGGAUGGAAAAGAAGCGUCUCUCACAUUUCUAUGUAAAUUACGAACAGAGUGAGGAGAAUCCUCCAAUUAUCGGCAUCGACACGAGACGUCUCCCGCUCGCGUUUGAGGCACUUUGCGGAGCUUUCCGCCGUAUUACGCGAAAUACGCGAAAGAUGGGCGAAUUUAUUGGAUCGCUCGGCGCCGCGCGAAUAGUCGGACGUAAUGAAAGUUCAAUUUCGCCGACCGAACGGAGCUGCGUCGUGCAACGGCGGGAUCCACCCGCGCGAUCGCCGAAUGGCCGACCGACGACAGCCGGCGCGGUUUUAUACGUUUAUAGCGAACGACGGUAAUAAAAGGGAAGCGGUUGUUACCUAUACGGCCUACACGUAGAGACAUAAGGCGUGUAAAGAAAAAAAUAUGAAACAUACGACUCCGAGUCGCCGUACGCUCUCACGCAGCUCCCGCUUCGGCGCCCUUUCGAGACGCACGUAGGGCGAUAGUACUUACAGUGCGAGACAGAGAUGUCCCCACAAGGUUGGGGAGAAGUGGCAAGAUCCGCCGCCGAAACAGAAGAGAAUGGCUAGAGAAAUCCCUCACUGUCUCUUUCUGUCGCAAACGGAAGUGAGUCGCGGGGUGAGAAAGAAAGGUAGAGGAAAGAAGAAAAAUGACGAGAGGAGAGACCGACACGUUCACACGCGCUUGCGAAAGUGAACGCGAUGCGAACGAAUCCCUCCCCCUUCCCCCAUCUCCUUUUCCCUCCCGCCUUUUCCGCUGGCAUUUUGCAAAUCUCCGUCGAGAACGAGACCCAGUUAGCAUUAGCGCGAGAUUGUCGCGGCUGUAUCAUCAUCCAUAAUAAUCGUCUCAUCGUUAUCGUUAUCGCUACUACAAUUGCUAUCGUCGCUGUCCGUCGUUACUACUAUUACCUCUGCCCCCUUCCCCCUCCAACCCGCCCGCGCCAACCGGUUUCCCCAACCCGCAUCUCCAACUCGACGCCGAUGAGUCAGGUAGUACGCUCUAAUUACUCGAUAAUUCUGUGUCGAUAUACACCUAAUUGUAUAUUACGAUGAUCACUGUGUAAAGACUUGAAAUUCCAAUAUAUAAUAAUAAAUCGCUCUUCA